AUGGGCUUCGCGGCUUGUAUCCUUCUCUUGUUGGCUGUAGCCAUCGCCCCCGCCUCCCUGGCUUCACCCACCCACACCGCCAGUCCGGUGGUAGAUCUGGGGUAUGCGAGAUACCAGGGAUCCCAUAACAGUACAUACGAUAUCGACGUGUUUAGAGGGAUUCGAUAUGCAGCUCCCCCUGUGGGAAACCUGCGAUGGCAAGCUCCACAGGAGCCACGAUGGAAUCGGACUGCCAUUUUUUCAGCGGUUGACCAGCCGCCCAUUUGUCCUCAGUCUGGGGGAGCAAAGCUCCCAAAGGCUUACCAUUUUAAUUCUGCCCUGGGAGAUGAAGACUGUUUAUUUCUCAAUGUGUACACCCCACCAGGAGCCAAGGAUUUGCCUGUCCUGCUCUGGAUCCAUGGCGGUGGAUAUGGAUUAAACGGGGCGACCUACGACCCAAGCGAAUGGAUGAAAACCAACAACAAUGGCUUCAUAUCCGUCAUGAUCCAGUACAGACUGGGCGCUUUUGGCUUUUUGGCCUCAGAAGAUGUCCAUAGGCAUGGUGUUCUGAAUGCCGGUCUGCUAGAUAUGCGUUUUGCUCUCAGAUGGACCCAACGACACAUCUCGAAAUUCGGCGGCGAUCCUUCUCGUGUCACGGUCGGGGGCGAAUCAUCUGGGGCUGGCGCGGCAAUGCUACAAGCAAUGGCCUAUGGAGGCAGAGAGGAUGGCCUUUUCAAUAAUGCAAGGCUCCCCUUCAAUGAUCUCAUAUACAAUUGUAUCAUCGCCGCAAGCCCGUACACACCGACUCAGUAUCAUUACAACGACACAGUGCCUACGAACAAUUAUUACGACUUUGCAGCUCGAGCAGGCUGCUAUCAUGAACGGCACACUCCUGAUUCAUCUUUUGAAUGCCUCGUGCGUUCAGACACUGAUACACUGCAAUACGCGAGUGGAAAUAUCUCCACGUCGGGCGCCUGGGGCACGUUCGCAUUCUUGCCUGUCACAGACGGAGAUUUCAUUCGUGAGCUUCCCUCCAAGCAGCUCCUCCAAAGGAAGAUCAGUGGCAAGCGUAUCUUAUCGGGUAACAACGCAAAUGACGGCGUCCCGUUAAGCCCUCCAACAAUAACCACUGAUUCGGAAUUCUGGCGAUAUGUCAAAUCAACCUUUCCUCUAUUUACCAAUUCCGACUACCUCGGUCUUCUAGCCGCAUAUAGAUCAUGGUCCUCUCCAAAAGGUUCAAUCCCUCUCUACGACACCCUCGGUGACCGUGGCCCAACGGCCCUGAAUCAAUCGGAAUUCGCAAACGGCCUACAGCAGACGGUCUUCGAUAUUUUUGCUGAAACAACCUUUGACUGUCCAUCAUAUUGGUUAGCCGAUGCAUUUUCAGGCGCCCAUGGGAAGGAGAGCUGGAAAUAUCAGUACUCCGUUACACCAGCAUUCCACGGAGCAGACUUGUCAGCAUAUUUCUCUGUUGGCAAAAAACUCCCUACCAGUGGAUUCAGGCAUGCAUUUCAGAAGAUUUUGGGCAGCUUCAUUAUCAAAAAUACGCCAAUUAUAUCCAUUCACGAUGCGAAAGGUGGUGCCAGUAAUGCCACGCUCCCUUGCGGCACGAAUGGCAAUAUCUCUUGGCCGAGGUGGCAUGAGUCUUCACCUGUGUUGAUGAACCUGAAUACAACUGGUGGGACUCUUGUCCGGGACACUGUCACAGAUCAUCUGGCUUACUGGCUCCGAGAAGAUCCUGGCGUUACGAAUGACUUCCGUCUAGCUGAUGCAGCGACCUGGGAGGGUGGACGCAGGAGGCGAUGUGAUUUCUGGCGGAGCGUUAGUCCCCGAGUACCUUAUUAA